AUGCCUGUGCCGCUAUCGCUUGCCGUGCCGGCUGCAGCUGCGGCUUAUUCUUACAUUAACGCCCGAAUAUCCCUCUGGUACGACAGGAAGUUACUCAGCUGCGCCCUUCCUGCGACCCUGUCUGCCUUAUGGCUCGAGCGAACCGAUCGCUUGAACCAAUUCUACGUCCUUGAGCGAGCAGCUCAGAAUAAAUCAUCGGCGAACCGCACUUUUCUAAUCUUCGAGGGCAAGUCCUACACAUACGCUGAGACUUACGAACAAGUCCUGAAAUAUGGCACUUGGCUGAAGGAACGUUUCGGCGUAAAGCCCAAGGACAUCAUCGCAAUCAAUUUUCAAAACUCCGACACCUUUGUCUUCCUGUGGCUAGGUCUAUGGUCAAUUGGCGCGAAGCCGGCCUUUAUCAACUAUAAUUUGACAGGCAAACCGCUCGCACAUUGUGUCAAGGCUGCUAAGACUUCCUUACUGCUGAUAGACCCCAACGUUGUCGACAACGUAGGAGAUGAUGUUCGCAGCGAGCUGGACACCGUGAGGUUCGUCGUGCUCGAUGCAGACCUGCACGAUGAAAUCGCCGCCACUGCACCCCGACGCGCCCCUGAUGCUGACCGAUCUGAAGACCAAUAUCAAAACCUGGCCAUUCUUAUUUAUACGUCAGGCACAACAGGCAUGCCAAAACCAGCUAUCGUCUCGUGGGCAAAGUGCAUUGUUGGCGGUGUCUUCACGUCAAGAUUUACCAGUAAUUCGGCGAACGAAGUCUUCUAUACGUCCAUGCCCUUAUACCAUAGCUCAGCUGCACUGUUAGGCUUCGGCAACACGCUUGAAGCCAAUGGUACGAUCUGCAUCGGAAGGAAAUUCUCCACCAAGUCGUUUUGGCAAGAGGUUCGUGCAUCCAAGGCCACUAUCAUUCAAUACGUUGGUGAGACCUGUCGGUACCUGCUCGCCGCGCCACCUCAGAAUGAUCCUGUUACCGGCGAAUGUCUCGAUAAGAAACACAAUGUGCGGGUCGCCUUCGGCAACGGCCUGCGGCCAGACGUUUGGAACAGGUUCAAAGACAGGUUCGGUAUCGAUACGAUAGCCGAGUUUUACGCGGCCACAGAAGGUUCUUUUGGCACAUGGAACCUCAGCCGCAACGACUUUGCCAAGGGUGCUGUCGGGAGGAACGGUAUGCUCUACAGUCUUGUCUUGGGCUUGGACGUUGCCCUGGCUGUGAUGGACGAGGACAAUGAGAUGCCAUUGAGAGACAAGAAAUCUGGCCUUUGCAAGCCUGCUAAGGCCGGCGAGCCUGGCGAGUUGAUGUUCAGGCUGUCACCUACUGACUUGCAGCGCCGCUUCCAAGGGUACUAUGGCAACCCGGAUGCUACUAAGGCUAAGAUCAUCCGCAAUGUCUUCUCCAAGGGAGAUGCCUGGUUCAGGACGGGCGACGUGGUACGGUGGGAUUCUGAAGGACGUCUUUUCUUCUCUGACCGCAUCGGUGAUACGUUCCGCUGGAAGAGCGAAAAUGUCUCGACACAGGAGGUCGGUGAAGCUGUCGGAUCACAUCCCGCUGUGCAUGAAGCCAACGUGUAUGGCGUGGAGUUGCCUCAUCACGACGGCCGGGCGGGAUGUGCCGCGGUCGUCCUGGAUGGUCAGCCGUCAGAAGAGGUGUUGCGCAGCAUCGCACAACAUGUAAAAAAGUCGCUGCCCAGAUUCGCGCUACCGCUUUUCUUGCGUGUCAUGCCACCCGAGGCAAUGCAAACAACCGGUACAAAUAAACAGCAAAAGCACGGUCUUCGGGCACAGGGUGUGAAACCUGGCAACACGGACACUGGCAGCGUGUACUGGCUGAAAAAUGAUACAUACGUCCCCUUUUCAGAGCGAGACUGGGAUGAGAUUAACGGUGGGCGGGUUAAGCUGUAA